AUGGCCUCGUCUCGGAGCUUAGCCCUUGCGCUCCUCUUCGGCCUCCUCUCUUGCUACGCAUCCCUUGUCCCUUCCCUAGCUUCCUCCGACGGCUUCCUCCAAUGCCUCUCCGCAGCCAUACCCAAGCCGCUGCUGCACACCCAGAGCUCGCCAUCGUUCACGCCAGUCCUUGUGUCCUCCAUCCGGAACCCCAGGCUGUUCACGCCGAGCACGGUGCGCCCGCUCUGCAUCGUCACCCCGACGAACGCGUCCCACGUGCAGGCCGCCGUCGUCUGCGGCCGCCGGCAUGACGUGCGCAUCCGCGUUCGCAGCGGCGGGCACGACUACGAGGGCCUCUCGUACCGGUCCGAGCGGCCCGAGGUGUUCGCUGUGGUCGACCUGGCCAACCUCCGCUCUGUGCGCGUCAACGGGAAGGCGGCCACCGCGACGGUGGAGUCCGGCGCCACGGUCGGGGAGCUCUACUACGCCAUCUCCAAGGUGAGCGACAGGCUGGCCUUCCCGGCCGGCCUGUGCCCGACGAUCGGCCUGGGCGGCCAUCUCAGCGGCGGCGGGUUCGGCCUGCUGCUGCGCAAGUACGGCGUCGCCGCCGACCACGUGCUGGACGCCACGCUGGUCGACGCCAACGGGAAGAUCAUGGACAAGAAGGCCAUGGGGAGGGACGUCUUCUGGGCCCUCCGCGGUGGCGGCGGGGAGAGCUUCGGCAUCGUGCUGUCCUGGAAGGUGAAGCUCUUGGCCGUCCCACCCAAGCUGACAAUGUUCCGCGUCCCAAGGUCCGUCGACGAGGGCGCCAUCGACAUCCUCACCAGAUGGCAAGAUAUCGCGCCGGCUCUCCCGGAAGACCUCUUCAUAAGGGUGGUCGUCUCGAAGCAGGUGGCCGAGUUCCAGUCCAUGUACCUGGGCACCUGCGACGCGCUGCUGCCAUUGAUGCGCAGCCACUUCCCGGAGCUCCGCCUGAACCGGACGCACUGCAGGGAGAUGACGUGGAUCCAGUCCGUGCCAUACAUCUACCUGGACAGCACCGCCACCGUGGAGGACAUCCUCAACCGGACCACCUCCUUGGACACCUUCAACAAGGCCAAGUCCGACUUCGUCCACCGUGCCAUCGCCAGGGACGUGUGGAUCAAGAUCUUCGCCUGGCUCGCCAAACCCGACGCCGGGCUCAUGAUCAUGGACCCUUACGGCGGCCAGAUCGGCAGCCUCCCGGAGUCGGCGACCCCGUUCCCGCACCGUGCAGGCGUGCUCUACAACAUUCAGUACAUGAACUUCUGGUCGGCCGCCACCGACGGGUCAGCGCAGACCAGGUGGCUUAAGGACUUCUAUGCCUUCAUGGCGCCCUACGUGAGCAAGAACCCCAGGGAGGCGUACGUGAACUACAGGGACCUCGACCUCGGCAUGAACGUCGUUGUGGGCAACGUCACCAGCUACACGGCCGCUAAGGUUUGGGGCGACAAGUACUACAAGGGCAACUUCAAGAGGCUCGCCAUGGCCAAGGGCAAGGUGGAUCCUAGCGACUACUUUAGGAACGAGCAGAGCAUCCCACCAUUAGUGGCGACAAAGUGA